CCCGACCCGCCCCGACCCGCCCGGGGGCGGCCGCGCUCCCUCCUGCCGCCGCGAUGCUGCGGUGCCGCGGUGCCGAGCCGGGAGCUGCCCAGGUGCCGAAGGACGCCUGAGGCCUGGUGCCAGCAGGUGGCUGCCAUGCGAGGCGCUGCCCGUCCCCUCGCUGCUCUGCACACCGUCCCUGCUGCGCGCCCGGCGCCGUGCUGCUCUGCUCGCCAUGGGAGGAUGCUUCUCCAAGCCCAAGCCAGUUGAAGUGAAAAUCGAGGUUGUGAUACCUGAGAAGGAGAGGAGCAAGGAGGAGAUGUCACCCAACGGGAAAGCCAGCCCAUUGGUUUACAAGGUCAAUGGGACUGCCCGGCAUUACCAUCUCGAGGAGCAUCCCAUUGCCAGCAAUCCCUACCACAACCCAAAGGAUGUAGUGGAAGCAUCUGUGUGCCACGUGAAGGACCUGGAGAAUGGACAGAUGCGUGAGGUGGACCUGGGCUGUGGGAAGGCACUGCUGAUCAAGGAGGCUGGAGAGUUCUAUGCCAUGGGACACAAAUGCCCCCACUAUGGGGCCCCGCUGGUUAAAGGGGUUUUGUCCAAAGGAAGGGUCCGCUGCCCCUGGCACGGGGCUUGUUUCAACAUUGGCACUGGUGACAUUGAGGACUUUCCUGGCUUGGACAGCCUGCCCAGGUUCCAGGUGAAGAUUGAGAAGGAGAAGGUGUACAUCCGAGCAAGCAAGCAGGCUCUUCAGACACAGAGGAGGACGAAGAUGAUGGCAAAGUGCAUCUCCUUGAGCAACUACAACCUGAGCAGUACCAACGUGCUGAUCAUCGGUGCAGGUGCAGCAGGGUUAGUCUGUGCAGAGACGUUGCGCCAGGAGGGUUUCUCAGACAGGAUUGUAAUGUGCACGAUGGACAGACACUUGCCCUACGACAGGCCGAAGCUCAGCAAGUCCAUGGAUGCCCACCCAGAGCAGAUUGCCCUGCGCCCCAAGGAGUUCUUCCGCACGUACGACAUCGAAGUCCUGACAGAAAUGCAGGCUGCGGCUGUGGAUAUCAAGAACAAGACGGCUGUGUUCAAGGAUGGAUUUAAGAUGGAGUACAACAAACUGCUGAUAGCAACUGGAAACACGCCCAAAGCUCUCAGCUGUAAGGGCAAGGAAGUGGAAAACGUUUUCAACAUCCGGACGCCAGAAGAUGCGAACCGCGUGGUGAAGUUGGCCACCAGCAAGAACGUGGUGAUAGUGGGAGCUUCCUUCCUUGGGAUGGAGGUGGCUGCCUACCUGACGGAGAGGGCCCACUCGGUGUCUGUGGUGGAGCUGGAGGAGGUCCCAUUCAAGAAGUUCUUUGGGGAGAGAGUUGGUCGUGCUGUCAUGAAGAUGUUCGAGAGCCACAGGGUGAAGUUCUACAUGCAGACUGAGGUGUCGGAGCUCCGGGAGCAGGAGGGCAAGCUGAAGGAGGUGGUGCUGAAGAGUGGGAAGGUCCUGCGCGCAGACGUUUGUGUCGUUGGCAUAGGUGCAGUGCCAGCGACGGGAUUUCUCAAGCAGAGCGGCAUCAACAUUGACUCCAAAGGCUUCAUCGUGGUCAACAAGAUGAUGCAGACCAACAUCCCUGGAGUGUUUGCAGCUGGUGAUGCUGUCACAUUCCCACUGGCCUUGAGGAACAAUAAGAAAGUGAAUGUCCCCCACUGGCAGAUGGCCCAUAUGCAUGGCCGUAUUGCAGCACUGAAUAUGCUGGCCCACGGCACGGAGAUCAGCACAGUCCCCUAUUUGUGGACUGCAAUGUUUGGGAAAAGCAUUCGAUAUGCAGGCCACGGGGAAGGAUUUGAUGAUGUUGUCAUUCAAGGAGACUUGGAUGAACUGAAGUUCGUUGCAUUUUAUACCAAGAGGGGCCCCAGGAGAUGGCUUUGGUGUGGCAGGACGGCACCGUGCGCCGAGAGCUGGAGGAGUGACGAGGUGGUGGCUGUGGCCAGCAUGAACUACGACCCCAUUGUUUCCAAGGUGGCCGAGGUGCUGGCUGCUGGCAGGGCCAUCCGAAAGCGUGAUGUGGAGCUGUUUGUCCGUCACGGCAAAACUGGAGAUAUGUCCUGGCUAACGGGGAAAGGCUCCUAACAGACAUGGCUGCAACCUCCUGGUACUGCGCUGGCCUCGAGGAGAUGGGGAUGGCUGCAGAGCUCCACGGCACGAUGCAAAUAAUGCACCUGAGUCGUCUUCCCUUGAGAUUUGGCCAAACCCAGCCUGUUUCACCCUGCAGUCACCUUCCCAGCAGCUCUGUGCAUGCAAACCGCCGCCAGCUCUCC